CUGGAAUUGCAGGUCGUUUAUGGACCAAAAUGGUUGGAUCAAAAUUUAAAAAAGCUGAUUUAGAAAUAUUAAAAACUCAAUUACAUAAAUAUGCUUGCAAUGAAGAACCUUAUAAUGGAUCUUAUAUGUCAACUAUUGAUAGCCCAACUCGAUGGUGGAAAAUUAUUGGUAAUGGUACUAAAGAUAAAUUAGGCGCUCUUUCUUCUUUAGCAGUUAAAUUAUUUUCAGUAUGUCCUCAUGCAGCAAGUUGUGAGCGAGAUUGUCGUACCAGGCUAGGAACAAAAAAUUUAGAGUCAAUAGUGAAAAUAAGCUCUUAUUUAAUAUCAAAUGCAAAAAAAGAAUUACACUAUUAUGGGUUGGAAUUGACAAAAGAAAAAAUACAAACUGUUUUUCAAGAUAUUGCUUUGUUUUCUGAAGAUGAUGAGGAAGAAAAUUUUAAUGAUUUGGAUGAGUCUGAGGAUUUCAUUGACUCUGAAGUUGAAGAUCAAAACUUGGAAAUAGAAAAUUUAAUUACAUUAAAUAUUAUUGA